GUUUCCCCUUUUCAACAGUUUGCUUUUUGUUUGUACACAAACAUCACAAAAGUGUAAACAUCUUGCGUGGAACUGAUAAAAUUUUACAACUUUCGUCGUAUUUUAUCGUAAAAAUAAAAUCAUGAGCCGCCGCAAAUCAUCCGAACCGGAGGACACAAGCUACGAAGACGACGAUGACGACGACGUUGAGGAUGACCGCAUUGACGAAGAACACACCGAACCGAUCAUCAAGAUCGAAAUCCUCGACCGGAUCCCAUCCCCUGAAGAUUGCGACGACCAGGAGGAAGAGGAUGAACCUUCCUCUUCCUUCUCGCACCAAAAGGUCAAGUACCUGAAGAAGGUCGCCAAAGCGGCCGUCAACACGACCUGCGAGGACCGGGUGCGCCAAUAUCCGAAGGGGACACUCCACGUCGAUGCGGUGUCGGGGGAGUUGGUUUGUACGCGGUGCAACGUCGUGAUGGACCACACCCGGAAGGGAUCCAUCGAUAAGCACUUGAAGGCGCAGAUGCACUUGAAGAAUCUGCGGGGGAAGGAGGAAGGAUCGUCGAAGGCUACUGCUGCGGGGAAGGUUAGGAAGCCGGAGCGGGAAGAGGGUGAAGUGGUGGAGAGUACUCCGGGGAAGGUUUCGCUGUACGUGUCGUGUGAGACGCGCGUUCGACAGUAUCCGGAAGGGACGCUGCACGUCGAUCCGGACAGCGGGGAUUUGAUGUGUUCCACGUGCAACGUGAUCAUGGACCACACGCGGAAGGGUUCCAUCGAUAAGCAUCUGCAAGCGAAGUCACACGUCAAUCACAGUGCGAAACCUGCCUCCAAGCGGGACAAUUCCGUGCUGCGGGUCAACACGUUCCAGAAGUACCACGCCAAGAAGCGAAAAGUGGACCAGGAAGCCCCUCCGGAAGACGCCGAUCAACCCUCCGUCGAUCGCUACCCGCCCAAAACAACCGCCUCCAACGCCAUCUCCAAGUCCGCCAUCAAGGUGACCCCGGCGGAACGCGUCGCCCAGUACCCAUCCGGAAUGCUGCACGUCGAAGACGACGCCACCCUCUUCUGCUCGAUCUGCAACGUCAGUCUGGACCACACCCGCAAGGGCUCCAUCGACAAACAUCUGCGAACCCAACUCCACACCGAAAAGCACGAACGCCAGGAACGGCUCCGGGAAGCGCGCGAACGGCGCCAGUCGGCCGCAGUCUUCAACUCCUUCCCCCGCACCACCGAAGCCCGGGACGGUCGCAACAUGGCCCUGUUUCGGCUGGUAGAGGCGUUCACCGCAGCGGAAAUCCCCCUCCACAAGCUCGAUCACCCCAAACUCCGAGACUACCUCAUGGAGAACGUGUCCAAUCUGGGGGCGUUGCCGAGUUCCGCACGGCUCCGGGUCGGUUAUCUGCCCAAGGUGCGGGAAACGUUGCGGCGCGAAAAGGAGCAGAAAAUGGCGGCCCUCGACGAGACGAUCGACUCGGUGCGGAUCGACAGUCUGUCGUACCUGAUUCAUGGCGGGGAGGAGCAGUGAGUGAGUGGGAGGGGCAGGAAGGAUGAUGCAGGCUGGAAAAGGUGUUAUUUUGAAUAAAUGAUU